CGCGAAUGGCGAGAGACCCCUCCCCCCCCAAUCCAAGACCCGCAGCACGGGCCAUAGAGCAGAGAGAUCAGAUCUCAGCUCCGAGAAUUAGUGCCAGUGCGGAGACCUUUGGGCACGGCCCUAGCCCCAACCCCAGGCCAUGGAGCUACACGAACUCCGGUACAGCGAGCUGCAGCAGCUGGCCAAGCAGCACGGCCUCAGGGCCAAUCUCAAGGCAGAUAAAUUACUGAAAAAAUUGCAAGAACUCUUCCAACAAGAGCAGAAGGAUGAUCCUGCUUUGAAGGCUACUGUCGAAGAGAAUACAUGCAAUACAGUUAAUGUGGAAAAAUGGGAAGACUCUAAUGUGACCAAACGACGGGGCAAAGAAAAAUUGCCAAAUGGCAAUCAAAAUGAAUCUGUUCAUUUGCAAAUUUUUACAGCUUCUGAAAAAGAGCAGCCUUCAAUGGAGCCUUCUCCUCAUUUGGAAAAGAGCCAAAGCACAGAAGGUUCUGAUUUCAAGAGGAGGCAAAGAAAACGACAUGCUGAAUUUGAGGAUUCUGCAGAAAAGGAUGAAAUUGCAGGAAAUGCGGCUGAUGACAGUGCUCCUGUCAACCAGUCCACACGUCAUUUAUCAAAUGAGAGAGCAACUGGUGCAUCCAAAGGAACUACUGCUCAAUCGAAGACUGACAAAAUUCCACGUCUUAUUCGAGCAACUGGGAAACUUGGUCUCAAAUCUCCUGCUGCAGUUGGGAAAACUGGACUAAAUCAUGUGACCCCUGACUGGAAAAAGAUUCAUCAAGCUAAUUUCAACAAGAUGGAGUCAAUUGACCUGUACAUUGAACGAAAAAGGAAACGCUUUGAAACUUUUGGUAACCCUAUCAAACAGAAAUCGGUGAAUGAACAGAAAGAUAUGAAGAACUUAUCCAAUUUCUUUAGCCCAGAACGUCAGACAUCAAAAAAUAACCAAUUUUUAACACCUGCCAACCAACGUAAAUCAGCACGUAACUCUGCGACAGUCACCUUAGAUGAAAAAUCAGUCUUCAAACCGUCAGUGUACUCUGUCACCAAAAUGAAUGUCAGGUUUACCGAUACUGCCAAGGAUAUUGAUAAACAGGGUAUGAUGAAAACUCCAACCAGGAAGUUUAACCCAGGCAGUGAAGUGAAAAAAGUCAGACCAUCUGGACCAGAGAAACCUAUAGGCCAGAAGCAAACUUGCAGCAAUACUAGUAACCCUGCUCAAACUACAGUUGUUACUCCCUACCGGUUCUCUGGCAAUACUACUCCUGGAACCAAAAAAAAGUUUGACUUGCAGGCAAGUUUGUCUCGCCCUCUUCGAUACAAGCCACACAAAGGGAAGCUGAAAAGUUGGGAAGAGAUGAAAGAGAACAAGGUGGCUCAAAGUAAAACCCUGAAUAUGAGUGCUUGUUCUCUCAAAAAGGAUCCAAAGCAACCAAAAUUACAGACCAGGGAGAAUCGACGGGAAACGUUUUUAGAAGAACGGAAGGAAAGAAAGAACAAUGUGAUAGGAGCAAGACGAGGACUGGUCAUGACGAAAUGAAUGAAGUCAUGAAUGAAACCAAUACUCUCUACUGUCUAUUCUGUUACUCUUUUUUUUUUUAAAAUGUGCGUUUGGUUGAAAUAUUCUCAUUUUAAACUCUAGCCUUUUCUCUGUAUAUAGCACUUUGAUUCAUGUGAUUUCAGUACUGAGAAUAUAGAUUAUUUGGUUAAGUGAGGCAUCUCGCUGCUAAAGUUCCAUGGUUUUCAGAUACCGUUUUGUUCUAUUUCCUGAUCAAUGAUUAUGUAAAGUUGCUUCAAAUGGUGGUUGGAUGGAGACAUGAUGAGAAAAACGAAUGAACGUACCUCACAAGUGACCCUGGCGAUGUGCAGUUUGCUAGCAAGGAAUGAAAGUAGCUGCACUGCACCUAGGUGUGUUUCACACUGGAGAGAGGUAAUUCCAACAAGCACUGACAUCCCUGACCUGUAUAAGCACUCCACGUCGUUUGGGAGAAAUCUCACCUAAUUUUACCUAAUUACCAGCUUUUAAAUAUUUGCUUUUUAUUUUGAAGAUCUUGAAAUGUCUCCAGUAGCAUUAACACCCUUUCAAGUCCAAACUGGCAGAGCACUGAUUGAGGUACUUCUCUGUUCAACCAAGAAGAAUUUGUCUUAUUCUUGUUUGAGUAUUUCCCUCUGUCCAUUUUUGUUUCAAACUUUUAGUCUUGUCUUGUUCCAGAGAGCCUGAUUUUAGUGCCAUUUCUUUAAAAUUCAUUGUUUAUAAUGUGCAAAAAAGGCUAAUAUGCCUCCAAAGUAACUGCAUUACAGCUUGCAUUUUUUUAGCAAAAAUAAUUAGCUAGUUGUUGGAAACCAGAAGCGAGACUGUAGUGGAUUAGGUACAGCUUUUUUUUUAAAACUUGUGGGGUAGGUGUUCAGUUUCAACAUGGAGCCAAAAAAAGGCAGAAGAGCGGGAAAGGGUGUUGUUUGGAGUUCUUGGGUAUUCUAAACAAGCUGUAAAGUCCAAAAGCAAAUGCUGAUUUUUAACAUGAGCAAUAACAUUCUAGAUCUUCUAUUAAGUUACCCUCUUUUUAAAUGAGCUUCUUCAUGAGGUCCUUUUAGCCAUCUGUUAAGCUGUAUGUGUAGUGCCUCCAGAAUGGAGGAAAUGUAUGUGUGCUGGAGCUGCACAGAAAGUUCGCAACCUGGAUUCGAAACAUUUCCCAUGUUUUUGGGACAGAAUAUUUAAUAUUAGUUUCGAGCUCACUGAUGUGCCAGUAUUUUCUGCUUUGACUUUUUUUCUUCACCACUCCUUUUUAUUUUGCUACUGUUGACUGUGUGUCUGUGCAAUGGUGCAGCCCUGAGCAAUCUGAACUUAAGUAGAGCUUCCUGAGAUUCAUUUUUCUUUCAAAUAUUUUAGAGAGCCAUAAUAUCCUGCUGGCUGGGUACGCACUGAGCUGCUCGCUCUCUCCCCCCCCCCCCCCCCCCGCCCCCAAUCCCU